AACUGGUUUUGGCACUGGUCUCAGUAAACAUUGCAUUGAGGUGUCUGGGUUUUUCUUCCCCCUCUUCUGCAGAGACUCAUCUGGACAAAUGAGAAAUGAUGUAAGGGACCAACCAGAAAGUGGCAAUCUUAGAAGUGGAAGUGGAGAAUGGCUCUUGAGAAGAUUGUCCUGGCUCAACUUCUCAAUGCUUACACUGGAUAACUUCAAGAAGAGUCCCUGGGGGGACCAUGGCCAAUGCAGAGUCCUCGUCGCCCACAGCCCUAGGCCUGACCACAGAUCCUGGCACAAGUGAGGUGGAGCUGGACUGCCAGUUUGAUGAGGAGUUCAAGUUCAUCCUGCUGCCUGUAAGCUACGCAGUUGUCUUUGUGCUGGGCCUAGGCCUCAAUGCCCCUACCCUCUGGCUCUUCCUCUUUCGCCUCCGACCCUGGGAUGCAACGGCCACCUACAUGUUCCACCUGGCCUUGUCAGACACUUUCUAUGUGCUGUCGCUGCCCACCCUCAUCUACUAUUAUGCAGCCCGCAACCACUGGCCCUUUGGCCCUGGGCUCUGCAAGUUCAUCCGCUUUCUCUUCUAUUGGAACCUCUACUGCAGCAUCCUUUUCCUCACCUGCAUCAGUGUACACCGCUACCUGGGCAUCUGCCACCCGCUGCAGGCACUACGCUGGGGCUGUUCACACUUUGCAAGCCUUCUUUGCCUGGCAGUUUGGUUGGUCGUAGCCAGCUGCCUUGUACCCAACCUGUUCUUUGUCACAACCAGCACCAAGGGGGACACCAUCCUGUGCCAUGACACCACUCGGCCUGAGGAAUUUGACCACUAUGUGUACUUCAGCUCAGCAAUCAUGGGGCUGCUCUUUGGCGUGCCCUGCCUGGUCACUCUUGUCUGCUAUGGGCUCAUGGCCCGGCGCCUGUAUCGGCCCUUGCCAGGGGCUGCCCAGUCAUCUUCUCGUCUGCGUUCUCUCCGCACCAUUGCUGUGGCGCUGACUGUCUUUGCUGUCUGCUUUGUGCCUUUCCACAUCACCCGCACCAUUUAUUACAUGGCAAGGCUGUUGGAAGCUGACUGCCAGGUGCUGAACAUUGUCAACGUGGUCUACAAAGUGACUCGGCCCCUGGCCAGUGCCAACAGCUGCCUGGAUCCUGUGCUCUACCUGCUCACUGGGAACAAGUAUCGACGUCAGCUCUGGCAGCUCUGCAGUCGUGGCGGCCCCCGGCCCCCCAUGGCUGCCUCCUCCCUGGCACUGGUGUCCCUGCCUGAGGAUAGCAGCUGCAGGUGGACAGCCACCCCCUAGGACGGAGGGUGCCCUACCCCUAGGGCAGGUACAUUGUAACACUGGAAGCCAGGAAGUGAGAGAAAAGGGGGUGAGUGCAGGGUAGAGGCGACGGAACCUAAUAGUGGCAUGUGAUGAUAUGGCUGCUUCCUCCUCUUUUCCAGGCCCUGGAGAGAGGCCCUCACCCUGAGGGUUAGAGGAAGCCAGGGAAGUCAUGUGUGAUGCCCAUAAACCCUUCAGCUGGCCUCUCCUUUUUAGCCAAAGUGGGUAGCAGCCGCUCUUCCUCCUCUACUUCUUUCUCUUUGUUUCUGUCCUCUUCCUGGGGCCAUUUGUCCUGUUUCUUGAUCCUAUAAGCCUUCCUGGAAAUCUUCCCCAGUCCUCCUUCCCCCUCCCUUUUCCUGCACAUCCUUGUGUAGCAUGUGUUCCUCCAGACCAGAGCAUUCAACUGGAGGGGUGGAGAAGCUGAAGUAAUCUCAGGAUUGGCCUGGCUUAUCUGCUGGUGAUAGUCAGAGUCAGGAAGUGGGGGCAACAGUAUAUCACAGAUGCCAAGGAUGUGACAUAUGUAGCAACCACACCCACUUCCUAGUUUCCCCUCAAAGACAGGAUAGCCUUGCCUACCAAGGUGCUAAAAUAGGGCACAAUCCCAGACAGCCUGCAUGUCAGGGUCCCCACAUGCAGCUGGAGGCAUGGCACUGUUGAACUGGUGUAUAGCCACGAGGUAGAGAGGGAGCCCUGCGUCAUACCAUGGGGCGGGGGGACCCUGAGGAGCCCCAGGGGGUGGGGCCCAAGCUGAUAGCCUUUGGACCAGAAAUGGGGAUGGACCUCCUUUAUGAUAUUUGCUGAGAGCAUAUUUAACAGCUCUCAUACUUAAUGAAAGGAAGAGGGGAUGGCUCAGAAUGAGAGGGAGGAGCUCUUGUGUCUAUGGCUGUAAGUUCUGGCACGAAGGGGUGGAGCAGGUUUGUGCAGUGGUUGGGGUGGUGACAGGGAUCGAUGCCCAGAGCUGACUCUGCACUGGCCUCUCCCCUUUCUCUAGCUUCUGCCCUAGAUACGUGAUAAAUCUGUAACCAGCUGUUGCAGAUCAAGCUUUAGGAUUUCAAGGCCAGGGCAGGGAACUGGAACUGGACGGCUCCCCUCAGAGUCUCCCAUCCAGUCACUUCCCACCAGCGUGGACUUAGUGCUUAUGGGCUUAUGGGAGUUGAUGGCGGGGGGUGGGGUGGGGGCGGCAGAGUAUGGAACUUGGGGAGCUAACCUCCAAGCCUUGGGAAAUAAGAGUUUCUGAGCUGGCAUUUGUGAGAAGGGUGGGCUUACACUUCUAGGCACCCCCUCUGAAAUCACCUUCUAGCGCAUUGGUCUCCUGAGUCUUCAGCCUUCCCUUUUUUUUGCCCUACCCUCGCUACCCUUGCUGACCUGUCUCUGAUCUCUUACUUGCCUAUUUGCUGCUAAGGGGUCUCUCUGGAGAGGAAGGUUGGGACUGGUCUGCAGGAAAAAAAUGACUUCAAUGCCCUAAGUGCCUCUUUGCAUUCUUUUAAGUGCUCCCUCUUCCUCCCUGGAUAUCCAGAACCUGUCUGUUACCCAGGACCCCUUCUGUUAGGAGUAAAUGAACUGACCUUCUUCUUAGUCUCCCAAUCUCAUGGCCACUGCCUAGACUGUUACAUACCCUGUUCCUCAUCUGCACUCUCUCCCGUUUAUUUCUGUGAUCGCAGCCUCCUUGCCUAUCAUCUCUCCUACCCAUCAGUCCCACCCAGUAAAGCUGCUCUCUCCAUCACAACUGACCCAGCCUCCUCCCUUUCUCAAGUCCACUUAGCUUUUUUAUGCUUAAUUGAGACUAACUGGCCAGACUUUGUGGUCUGCUACUUUAGGGCUGCCUUCUCUCACAUUCUCACUUUAAUUAAAUGCCUUGACUUUCACCUUAGGCCAAUCUUCUUCUGUCUCCUAGGACUGGAGAAGAUAGCAGAUGAAGCCAGAGCACAAGGCUGGCUUGACCCACUGAAACUUCAUGUCUUUGAACUUCAUCUAAGCCCCCAUUCCUCUUAGCUUGCUGACUUCCUAGUGAACAUUCCAGAGCAACUGUUUCCUGUCUUUUCUACCUUCUCAAGGCCCCAACUUCAUCCUACCCUAUGACCCCUUAAGAGUUACCUUGCCUCCUGCAAAACUGAGAUCUAAUACCUCAACUUCUCUCUGCUUCAUUCACGUUAACUCUACUUCUAUAUCCAUCUUGUCUUUCUCCCUUUCUUCCCUCCAGUCCCAGAAUAAGAGGUGGCCCUCUUUCUAGUUCCUUUGUUUAUCCCUCUUCAUCAUUUUCAGUCUCUUCCAUAACUGAUUUCAUCCCAUCUGUAAAAAAAAAAAAAACAACUAAACAAAAAUAAAGUGUUACCACUAUUACCUUGACCCUGCUAUCUCUUCUAGCUACCCUUCUAUUCAUCUUAUUCAUUUCAUUGUCACAUUUCUAGAAAGAGUACCAUAAACCUCAUUUCCUCACCAGAGUCACCCCCUUAACUCUCUAAAUCUGGUUUCCUUCCUACACUUUUCUGUACCUAUAACACAAAUUACCUCAUAAGGAAGACCUUUAAUGGUCUUUUCUCUACCUUCAUCCUCUUUGACUUCUCUACUUCACUUGACCCCGUUGCACGUCCUCUUUAAAAUCUUUUAUAAAAACAUUAAAAAAUUCCACUAUGACAAUAUCAAAGGAAAUUUUGAAAUAAAAUAUUCAUCUAUACUUCUAAACCCUAGACAAUUGCUUUCAUUUUUCCAUGUUCUGUGCUUUUUCAAUUUGUAUUAUAUAUAUAUAUAUUUUACAUAAGUGUAAUCAUAGUGUAUGUAUAUCUUAAAAUUCUGCUCUUAAGAAACUUUUUAUUGUAAAUACUCUCCUUGUGCUACAGUCUUUCAUGUUUAUCAUUUCAGUGGCUGCAUAAAAUUACAUUUUUGUAGGCUAUAUUUUAUUUGACUAUUCCCCUAUUAUUGGGCAUUUAGAUAACUCCCAAUUUUUCUGUGCUUUGAACAUCUUAAUGCGUAUGGCUUUUUUCCUCUUUGUAGUUCUGUUCGUAGGACAAGUCUCCUGGAGUGGGAUUACCAGAUCAGAGCAUGAACAUUUUUAUGGAUCUUGAUUUCCAAAAGGACUGCAUAAAUUUUCAGCGCCACAAUAAUACAUGAGUGUUCCAGUUCCCUUGCAGCUCUAGCUUGGACUUUAUAAAAAUCUUUUUGGAUGGCUUAAACAGUAUUCAUCAAUUUCAUUUCCUUGAUACUCAUGGGAUUAAACACUUUCCCAUAGGCUUACUAUUUGCAUAUCCUCUUGUGUGAACUAUCUGUUCAUAUCCUUCUCCAACUGACAUCUUAGUGGUUUUCUUAUAUAUCUAAACAUAUUCUUUUUUUUUUUUUCUGCUUUAUCUCCCUAAAUCCUCCCGGCACAUAGUUGUAUAUCUUAGUUGCACGUCCUUGUAGUUGUGUCAUGUGGGACGCCGCCU